AUGGUGCGGACUAGACCCCGCCCGAGAAACGGCUAUGCAGACGACCGAAACCGCCAUUCCGUGCGACGCUCACCACCAAGAUACCCUCAGUCGCGCGACAGGCCCUAUCGUGACUCUGACAAUUGGAGGCCCGGCGAUCGGAGGCAGGAACAUCGUCCUCGGUCAUACGGCGAUGACCGCGGAGGCGGCGACUCGUACCGGCCGGGCGUGCCCCAGGGAGAUUUUACCUUUCGCGUCGAGAAACCAGCUGGCAUCUCAGAAUACGCGCCUGCCGGCCAGCCGUCACAUCGCCGUCAGCCUCGAAGGGACGGAAGAAGAGGCGGCCCGCCCCAGAGAUUGGGCAGACCUCGAUGGCAGCCGCCGCCCCAUCAUUCUGAGCGCGCCUUGAUCUCCGGCAUUGCUACUGACGUGCCCGAGGAGAGUGUGCACAACAGCGAAAGUGCGAAAUUUCGCCAUCUGGACGAGUUGUCGGACGAUGACGAGCUUGAUAUGGACAUUUCGUCACGAUCGUCGCAGUCUGAUACCGAAGAGCCCUCGAGAAAACGAGCGCGCACGGCCUUGGCCGACGAGUCUGCUGAAGCCACUCCCAAGUGGUCCAACCCAGACCCAUACACGGCGCUUCCUUGUCCAGACGAGACGACUCGCAAGAAGCGAGACGUUGUGAAGCUUAUCCGCAAGGCUAGAGUGGAAGAGGCUGCAGCCAAGCCCGCUGCUACGACCAAGGCUGAAGAUUUCCUAUCGUUUGAACCUAGUGAUGAGGAGGGCGAAGAACCUUCAGACGACGAUAAGGUUGACUCUCAGCCACCAUUGCCACCUCGAAAGGAACUUUCCGGCAGCCUUCCCAGCAAGCCUCCACCUCCUCCUGCGGGUAUAAAUUCUCUCCCAAACAAACCCGUCAUUACCCAUACCACUCCAGGUCCUCUUGGCUCUCGCAAGCGUACUGCAGACGACGAGAUCAUCCAACCACCAGAUUACGGCCAGCUCAAGAAGGCAAACAUGAAGCCGUCUAAGGGAGACUUGGUGCCAAACUGGGCGCCGAAAUCACACGAGGAGCCUUGCCCAUGGGCAACUGUCGACCACUCUGCGACUACGGAUAUGCCGUUUCGACUGCACAAGGAAGUCAUGGAUUUCUACCACUUUGUCAAGCCUUGCGACUUUGAGCAGGCGAUUCGCGACCGUCUGGUGGACAACCUGCGACGGGCCAUGAAGAGGGAUGAUCGAAACUUUGCCAGCGCUCAGCUUUUCCCCUUUGGCUCCUUCAUGUCUGGCCUCUAUCUCCCAACUGCCGACAUGGACAUGGUCGUAUGCUCCGCCAGCUUCAUGAGAGGCGGCCCUGCCACGUACCUCAGCGCCAGAAGCUGGCUGUACAAGUUCCGCAAGUUCCUCGUGGCCCAGCGAAUUGCCGAGUUCGACGCGAUCGAGGUUAUUGCCCACGCUCGAAUCCCGCUCGUCAAGUUCGUCGACAAGGCCACCGGACUCAGAGUCGACGUGUCCUUUGAAAACCUCGGCGGAGUCACGGCGAUUGAAACCUUUGCACGCUGGAAGAAGGAGUAUCCAGCGAUGCCCAUCCUCGUCACUCUGAUCAAGCACUUUCUCCUCAUGCGGGGCUUGAACGAACCCGUCAACGGAGGCUUGGGAGGAUUUACCGUCAUCUGCUUAGUCGUCAGCAUGUUGCAGCUCAUGCCCCAGGUGCAAAGCCGCAACCUCAUCCCGGAGCACCAUCUUGGAGAGAUGCUCCUGGAAUUCUUCGAGCUGUACGGGCGCCAGUUCAACUACGAAAGGAAUGCCAUUUCGCUCACUGGUCCUGUUGGAUAUAUCCCCAAGUCCAAGGUCACCAGUUUUGCGUACAAAAACACCACCCGCCUCUCCAUCAUUGAUCCCAACAAUCCCGCCAACGACAUUGCCGGCUCCUCAUCAAACAUGCCCGGCGUCAAGGCUCGUUUCCACGAUGCCUAUCUCUCCCUGCAAGCCCGCAUGAAAGAGGUCGCCAAAGAUGCCAAGUGCGGCGGCAUCCUCGAUGUGAUUUUCCGCGGAGACUACUCCUCCUUCAGGAUGCAGCGAAACUUUCUCCAGCACGUAUACGAGAAGCGUGCUUGA